UCGUCUAGGAGGUUCUGCCUACUCGCUGCUCUGGAUAGCCGCCGUGGUAAAACGGAUAGGACGAGAAAGGAACGGACUUUGAGCGAGUGAACGGGCAGGCAAAACGAGGCAUCGAAAGGCGGCGAGCGUACCGGGCCGUUGAUUUAGUGCACAUCGUUUUAAGUGCGCACGGGAGUGUUUACUGCGCCGCGGCAGCGCUCUCUAGGAGAAAGAGAGAGACCGGGAACGGCAGUUCAGCAUGGAUUACCAUCAUCAACCUCAACAAGAACAUCAUCAUUUUCAUCACUACGAUGGAGAAGAGAACAGCUACAUGCCCCAGGAAGAUGACUGGGACCGGGAUCUUCUGCUUGACCCCGCUUGGGAGAAACAGCAGCGAAAGACGUUUACUGCUUGGUGCAAUUCUCAUCUACGAAAGGCAGGAACGCAGAUCGAAAACAUCGAGGAAGACUUUAGAGACGGUCUCAAACUCAUGCUGCUUCUAGAGGUCAUCUCAGGAGAGCGCUUGGCCAAACCAGAGAGAGGAAAAAUGAGAGUCCAUAAGAUCUCCAAUGUGAACAAAGCUCUGGGUUUCAUCGCCAGCAAAGGAGUCAAACUGGUUUCUAUCGGAGCAGAGGAGAUUGUUGAUGGAAAUGCCAAGAUGACUCUGGGAAUGAUCUGGACAAUCAUUCUCCGCUUUGCCAUCCAGGACAUCUCAGUGGAGGAGACGUCAGCUAAAGAAGGUCUUCUGCUGUGGUGCCAGAGGAAAACAGCUCCCUACAAAAAUGUCAACAUUCAGAAUUUCCACAUAAGCUGGAAAGAUGGAUUGGGAUUCUGUGCACUCAUUCACAGACAUCGCCCAGAGCUCAUUGAUUAUGGUAAACUGCGCAAGGAUGAUCCAAUGACUAACUUGAACACCGCCUUUGAUGUCGCUGAGAAAUACCUGGACAUUCCUAAGAUGCUGGAUGCAGAAGAUAUCGUUAGUACGUUACGUCCCGACGAAAAGGCCAUCAUGACAUAUGUGUCAUGUUACUACCACGCUUUCUCAGGCAAACAGAAGGCCGAGACGGCAGCCAAUCGGAUUUGCAAAGUGUUGGCUGUCAAUCAGGAGAACGAGCAGCUGAUGGAAGACUAUGAGAAACUAGCCAGUGAUCUCUUGGAGUGGAUUCGCAGAACCAUCCCGUGGUUGGAGAACCGCGUGCCUGAAAACACCAUGCAGGCCAUGCAGCAGAAGUUGGAGGAUUUCCGGGACUAUCGGCGACUUCACAAACCACCAAAAGUUCAGGAGAAAUGUCAACUGGAGAUCAAUUUCAACACACUCCAAACCAAACUGCGUCUCAGCAACCGGCCCGCAUUUAUGCCCUCGGAGGGGAAGAUGGUUUCGGAUAUCUCCAAUGCUUGGGGGGCUCUAGAGGGAGGAGAAAAGGGUUAUGAAGAAUGGCUACUGAACGAGAUCCGCAGACUUGAAAGACUUGAUCAUCUCGCUGAGAAAUUCCGCCAAAAAGCCACCAUCCACGAGGCUUGGACCGAAGGUAAGGAGGAGAUGUUGCAGCAGAAAGAAUACGAGACGGCAUCCCUGUCUGACAUCAAAGCUCUACUGAAGAAGCAUGAGGCGUUUGAGAGCGACCUGGCGGCUCAUCAGGACAGAGUUGAGCAGAUCGCUGCCAUCGCACAGGAGCUCAAUGAGUUAGAGUACUAUGACUCUCCCAGUGUAAAUGCUCGCUGCCAACGGAUCUGUGAUGAGUGGGAUUCUCUGGGGGUUUUGACUCAGAAACGCAGCGAGGCCUUAAAGAGGACUGAAAAACUGUUGGAAACAAUUGAUCAGCUGUACCUGGAGUUUGCCAAAAGGGCGGCGCCAUUUAACAACUGGAUGGAGGGAGCCAUGGAAGACUUGCAGGAUACUUUUAUUGUCCACACAAUUGAGGAGAUACAGGGUCUCAGCACAGCCCAUGAGCAGUUUAAAGCCACUCUGCCUGAGGCGGAUAAGGAGAGACAGGCCAUCCUCGGCAUCCAUAAUGAAAUUGCUAAAAUUGUGCAGACAUACCACGUCAACAUGGCUGGCACCAACCCAUACACCACCAUCAACCCCCAGGAGAUCAACACCAAAUGGGAUAAGGUGCGUCAGUUAGUACCCCAGCGAGAUCAGGCUCUGAUAGAGGAACAUGCCCGUCAGCAGAAUAAUGAGAGACUGCGCAGACAGUUCGCUAAUCAGGCCAAUGUCAUCGGGCCCUGGAUUCAGAACAAGAUGGAGGAAAUCGGCCGGAUCUCGAUCGAAUUGCACGGCACCCUGGAGGAUCAUCUGACCCACUUGCGGCAGUACGAGAAGAGCAUUGUCAACUACAAACCAAAGAUAGACCAGCUAGAAGGAGACCACCAACUCAUACAGGAAGCGCUUAUUUUCGACAACAAACACACAAACUACACCAUGGAGCACAUCCGUGUGGGAUGGGAGCAGCUUCUUACCACCAUUGCUCGCACCAUUAAUGAGAUCGAGAACCAGAUUCUGACCCGUGACGCCAAAGGCAUCAGCCAGGAACAAAUGAAUGAGUUCAGAGCCUCGUUCAACCACUUCGACCGAGAUCACUCGGGCACGCUGGGCGCCGAGGAGUUCAAAGCCUGCCUUAUCAGUCUGGGCUUCGAUAUCGGGAACGACGCACAGAAGAAAACAGGCAUGAUGGAUGCAGAAGACUUCCGAGCCUGCCUCAUCUCCAUGGGUUAUAAUAUGGGAGAGGCAGAGUUUGCUCGCAUCAUGAGCAUUGUGGAUCCUAACAGACUUGGAGUGGUGACAUUCCAGGCUUUCAUAGACUUUAUGUCUCGUGAGACCGCAGACACAGACACUGCUGAUCAGGUCAUGGCAUCAUUUAAAGUCCUUGCUGGAGACAAGAACUAUAUCCUGGCAGAUGAGCUGAGGCGUGAACUUCCUCCCGACCAGGCUGAAUAUUGCAUCGCCCGCAUGACGCCUUACACGGGCCCUGACGCAAUGCCGGGGGCUCUCGACUAUAUGUCCUUCUCCACCGCCUUGUACGGGGAGAGUGACCUCUGAACCAUGACCCUUGAAUGUGUGGUCAACCUGCCUUCUGGUACAAACACAGAAAAUUAAAACAAAAACAUGCAUAUUCAUAUACACCUACAUAGCUCGCACACUAUGAGAGUAAAAGUGGUUCUUCAAGCAGAGCAGCAGAUCCCACAUCAGCCAAUUUGAGCAUCUUCCUUAAUGACCUUCAAUCAUUUUUUUAUCCUCUCAGCCCAGCCAUAUCCUGUUUGUCAUAUACGGCUUCCUUCUCUUUCUCCAGACAUGUUUAUAAAGUCUUUGUUGCCUAUCUUGAGGAUUGUUGAUCCAGAAAGUCUAAACCCUGUGAGUCGACGUGUCACAGAGAGGCAGUUAAGUGCUUUAUGUAUGCGGUGUGACCUCUGACCCCUGUGAAACGCCACGACCAUGUGGUUCUGAUUGAUCUGCUUUUUAUAUAUAUAUAUAUAUUAAUGGUUGUUGAUGAGACUUUCCAUUGUGAUGGCAAGUCAGACUUCAUAAACAGACCUUCCCCUUUCAGCUUUCAGUCACAACAUUGAAAACUUCCCCAUGGAGGAAUGUUUUCUGUAUUUUUACUUCUUAUUUCGUUUGUUUGUUUUUCCUCUUCAUAAAGGAAUAAAGUUAACAUAUUUUAUUAUACAGAACAAAAAAAGGUAUUUUUCUUCACUUGAUUAAGAAACGUAAGUAAUAAAUUUAAAUAAAGAAACAAUCACA